CCGUUUAGCGGAACAAUCCCCGCGGGAACAUUUCCAGGCAGAUCGCUGGGUGGAGCUGUUCCCUUAACCUAUGAAGCCUGGAGGUUAAUGAGAUUAGAGAGACAUCCUUGCUCAGACAGACAAGACAAGGCUCUCCCAAGUCCGUUAGUUCAGACGGGACAUCGCUUAACGAACUGCAUGGCAACGCAUGCCGAGCUUCGAGCGCAUCUACACUUCUAUGCUCUUGCAUGGACUGGAGAAUUUAAUCAGCGUCAGAUAAGGAAACAAACUGUUAUCAUAACGCGUAUUUGUAUUUAGUGCAACUUAUUUUGGGCACAUCCGUUGUUCCUGCAGGAACAGUGGCAGCGAAACGCUAUGCAUUUAUCAUCCUUCUGACUGACACAUGAAAGCAACGCUGACCGGCUGGAUUUACCCCCGACCUUUUGUCAUUUGCUUGGAGUGUUAUAACAAAGUGUUAGGAAUGCCAGCUGUUCUUGUUCUGACUGGCUUGGUUCUGAUGCUGCUCACCACAAGCAUCAGGUCUGAGUCGGCCCAGCUGAGGUUCCAGGGCCAGACUCAGUUUGUUGUAAACGAGAGCAGCAGGGCUAUAGUGCGUCUUGUGGUGGAACGAGUUGGAGAUCCAGUUAAUGUAACUGCUCUGGUUCUGUUGCAGGGAGAAGACACUGGUGACUUCGAGGCCACAACUGCUGCUGCUUUUCUCCUGUCCUCUGAAAGUAACAAAACCAUAUUCAUCGCUGUGAAGGAUGAUGAUUUACCCGAGGCUGAUGAGACUUUUGUGUUCAACCUCUGCCUACAGAGUUCUUCAAAUGGUGUGACAGUGGGAACUCCAAAUACUGCCACCAUCACCAUCCUGUCCAAUGACAACGCCUUUGGAAUAAUUUCCUUCAACUCAACCUCCAUUAUUACUGUGGAGGAGCCAAGAGGUAGAGGCCAGUAUGUACCUCUAACCCUUAUCAGAGAGAAAGGGACCUAUGGAACCGUGACUGUAAACUUUGAGAUUAUUGGAGGUCCAAACCCUUCAAUUGAAGAUCUCAGUCCAGACAUGGGCAAUAUCACAAUUCCUCCUGGUCGUGCCGUUGUAGUUUUUAGCAUCAUGAUACAAGAUGACAAGCUUCCUGAAGAUGAUGAGAUCUUCACAGUUCAGUUGACAGAAGCAGCUGGUGGAGCUUUACUCAAUCCUAACAGAAGCAGAUUGCAAAUCAAGAUCUCCCGUAAUGAUGCUCCUGUCCGCUUCGCCAAGCCCUUUGUGGUUGUGCCUGAGAACAUUGGUGUUAUUUCUCUUACUGUUACACGUGGAAGAACCGAGGAUGCUCUUCUGAUUGGUUCUGACAACAGAACUGUGUCUGUGGCCUAUACGGUCAUCACGGGCAGUGGGGCUGGCAGUGCUACGCCAAUGGCAGACUUUGUGGAUCUGGAGGCAGAGAGGAUGGUUGUUUUUCCUCCAGGUGUCCAUGAAACAGAGCUCCGCUUCAACAUCAGAGAUGACAACAUUCCAGAAAUCGCAGAGUCUUUCCAAGUGGUUCUUUUAGAAGAGACACUGUUGGGUGAUGCAGUGCUGAUGAUUCCAAGUAUGGUUCAUGUUACCAUUGAGCCCAACGAUAAGCCUUAUGGAGUGUUGUCAAUCAGUCCUUAUCCCACACAACCGCUUAUCAUCAAUGAAGACCUGACCCAGAUAUAUGAAGGCAUUAUCAUUGUGAGGAAUGGAGGAACUCAUGGAGCUGUUUCAGUUAGAUGGAAUAUUACAAGAAACUCCAAGGACGAGAGUCUUGUGUCUGCAGACCUUAACCCCAACUCAGGUACAAUGAGGUUUGCUGAGGGUCAGAUGAGUGCUGUACUGCCUUUAAACAUCACUCAGGACAGCCUUCCUGAAAAGGCUGAGGCCUUUCUCCUCAGACUGAUCCCAAGCUCUGUACAAGGAGGAGCUGAAGUUGGUGAGCCUAUGGAGAUGGUGUUCUUCAUUCAGGACAGUGAUGAUGUCUACGGUCAAUUUAGCUUUCAUCCAAAAGAGAACCAAAGUAUUCAGAGUCAACCUGAGGGCAGAUACCUGUCGCUUAGCUUACUGAGGGAAGGAGGGACCCUUGGUGAGGUACGACUUACCCUAACAGCCCUCUAUAUACCUGCCAGACCACUGGAAUCCUCACAAGCAAGAGAAGGGGUGCUAAAUGGUACCAGUAUCAACAGUCUGAUGUUCAGUUCGGGCCAGUCAAGGGCUCAACUCACCUUACCUAUUCGUAACGAUGCCUUCCUUCAGAACGGGGCUCAUUUCCUCAUACAGUUGGACAGUGUGCAGUUGGUAAACAUCACUCCACCAAUCCUAUCUGUAAGUCCUCGCUUUGGAGGAGCAUUGAACAUCUCCCUCAUCAUCACUCCUGAUAUUGCUAACGGAGAGAUUGGUUUUACCAGUAAUCAGACAGUUGUGGCACUGGAACCAGAAGGUUCAAACUCCAGUUUGAUUACUCUUUACCUGAGAAGAGAUGGGACUGAUGGUCAGGCAGUGGUCUUCUGGAGUCUGCGGCCCACUGGUGAGAACAGAGAUGAUGUCUCUGAAGACGACAUUUCUCCUUUUACUGGAUCAGUAAAGUUCCUCUCAGGACAAAGUGAAGCAGUGAUCAUCCUCACUGUGAAGGCUGAUGAUGUCCCAGAGAUUAAUGAGACGGUCAUUCUUACUUUAGACAGAGUUGAGACUGCUCGCUUUGUAGUAUACUUUGGGAUAAAUGUGGACGACCAGGUCCUGAAGCCUGGUUUCGCCAGCCGAGAAAUUGUCUUUCUGGAAAAUGACGAUCCUGGAGGAGUCUUCGAGUUUUCCCCAGUCACUAAUGGACCCUGGUUUAUCAAUGAAGGGGAGACCAUUGAAUUGAAGGUGAUCAGAGAGCAGGGCAAGCUUCUGAACCAGCUCGUAAGAUACACUGUGAUCCCCUCUGGAAAUACUCAGUUUUAUGGGGCUACAGGAGUCCUAGAGUUCCAGCCAGGAGAGAGGGAAGUGAUGGUGGCCCUAGUAGCCAAACCUGAUGGGAUUCCAGAGCUAGAUGAGACAUUUUCAGUGGUUCUUAGUAGCCACAGCACGCCAGCAAGUCGCCUUGGCAACCGAAGACAGGUCAACAUUACUGUGCGCAAGAGUGAUGACCCAUUUGGUGUUAUUGAAUUCAUUCAGGAUGGCCUAGACUUCACCAUCAAUGAAAGUAAAGCCAUGGAGCCUCAUUCAGCAUCGUACCCCAUUGGGAGGAGUAGCGGUACGUUUGGAAAUAUAUCAGUGUUUUGGGUCCUCAAGCCCAUUCAUUCAGGAGAUGUCAGCCCAGUGCAGGGUGAGAUCUUCUUUGCUGAAGGGGAGAACCUUAAGAACUUAACCAUAUUUUCUGUGCCAGAUGAGAUCCCAGAGAAGACUGAAAAUUUCACCAUCACCCUUCUGAAUACAACGGGUGGAGCAAGACUAGGAAACUUUAUAAGUGCAAGCCUAAAGAUUCAAGGGAAUGAUGAUCCAGUAUACUUUGCUGAGCCUGUGGUUCAAAGAGUACAUGAAGGGGGCGUGGCCAAUUUCACCAUCCUGCGGGCUGGACUGGCUAAUUUUAUCACCACAGUGAACUAUCGUUUUGAGUAUGGUGACACGUCACUGGGAGACUUCAUUCCACCGAGUAAUGACUCUACCUUGAUCUUUGAUUUUGGCGAGUGGAUGAAGAACAUUUCCGUUGUUGUGAUAGAAGAUGAAAUACCAGAGACAGAUGAACCAUUCUACAUAGUUCUUUUCAACGCCACAGGUGAUGCAGUGGUGUAUGGUCAAGCCACUGCUACAGUGGUUAUUAAGGCCAGUGAUGAUGCCAAUGGAAUAUUCUCUUUGGAUUCUACACAGAAGUCAGUGGAAGAGGGAAGAACUAAUAACUUCUAUGUUCUUAGAGAAAGGGGACACUUUGGUAAUGUUACAAUAUACUGGCAGCUGUUUGCCAAUGACACCCCCCUUGAACCUCACCAAGAAUUUCUGAACACAUCUGGCUCCAUAGUAUUUCGCAUGGGAGAGAAAUCAAAACCUAUUGUUCUUGAAGCCAUCUCUGACAAGCUUCCAGAAUUCAAUGAGUUCUAUGAGCUCAGACUUAUGAACAUCUCAGGUGGAUAUCCUGGUGAAGGUGGAAAACUGGCGUUGAAAGACUUGAAUGCAUCUGUUUUCAUUCCCUUCAAUGACGAUCCAUUUGGAGUUUUUGCUAUUGACCCUAAUAGUCUGGAGCGGGAAGUGGCAGAAGACGUCUUAUCAGUCGAUGACAUGACGGAUGUCACCUCCUUUACCGUACUUCGCCAACAAGGCACCUUCGGAGAUGUGCGUGUGGCUUGGGAAAUUCUGUCAGGAGCUUACCCAGAUGGUCUACCACCCAUGGAAGACCUGAUAUUGAUGGCCUUGUUUCCUCGGGCCGUAGAGCUAAGACCACACGCCAGGAGGCACCAUGCAGGCACCGAUGCACUCUUCUUCUCUGGACUUCCUGGAGCUUACGGGUCCAUUAGUCCAGAUACCCAUUUGCAGAUUCCUCAGACCUUGACUAACUUCACUUUUUCAGUUUGGCUGAUGCCCAGGCCCAAUACGGAUGGGUUUAUUGCUUCUAAAGGUAGUGGGAAUGGAACUAUUUAUUAUGGACUUCAGGUUCAAACCAAUGAGUCCCAUGUUACUGCUUUGCUUCAUUACACAACCACUGGAUCUAAUAGCACACAGGUGGCACGAGCUACUGCUUCUAAAUUUGUAGAGGAUAAUUCAUGGUUUCAUGUCAUCGUUGCUGUAGAGGAUGGAAUUAUUGAGUUUUAUCUGGAUGGGAACCCAAUGCCUGGGGGCAUUAAAAGUCUAAAGGGAGAUGCCAUUAUUAACGAUGCUGCUCCCAUUAGGAUCGGUUCCAACCCAGAUGGUGAACAGCGCUACACAGGUCUUAUACAAGACCUUCGGCUGUACACCAGCCAGCUCAGCCCCUCAGAGAUUCAUGAGCUCCAUAGCCAACCUGCCAAGACCGAUCUCCGCAACUUGUCUGGAUACCUAACUUACAGACAGGACGAGAAACAGAAGUUGUUUGUGGUUGAGGUACGAGACGAUCAAGAAGAGGAGGGAGAGGAGGUGUUUUACCUGCAGCUGGUGGCAGUUCAGGGUGGUGCCCGUUUGUCGAUGCCCAGACAUUCUGCUGUCCUCAGAGUAAUGAAGAGUGAUAACGCCAAUGGGCUUUUUGGCUUCACCGGGACAUGUAUACCUGUUAUAUCUGAGGAGGGCUCCACAAUCUCCUGUGUAGUGGAGCGCAUACUGGGUGCUUUGGACCACGUCUAUGUAAACUACACAAUCACUCAAGUUGAUUCUCCUGCAGAGUUGUCAAAUGCCUCAGACUUUGCCAAUUCUACAGGCACCAUCCAUUUCCUGCCAGGCCAGCGCUCUGAGGUAACAGGAUUGAUCUCUCAUCAGUUAUUAUUAGGAUUUUUUUACUGCGGAAGGUCAUGAUCAGACUUUGCAGUGGGUUAAAGAGUAUUUUUCACCAUAUGUUUUUCUUAUAAUAUCAGGAGAUUAAAGGACCAUAAUUCACAUCAAUGACAACUAUAUAGAUACAGAUGUUCAAUCUAAAUUUUAAGAGAAUAGCACCCACACCACAACUAUAAAAAUACAGAGGAACAAUAUCAUUGGGAUCACUUUAAGAGCGAUAAAACAAUGAGAGCCGAUCAAAAUACAUGAAUUUUAAGGACUUUCACGCUU